AUGGGAUCAUCGGACUCCCUGACUUCUCGGACAUAUGCGGGCCAUGGGCAUCAUGUAGCAUCGAAGUCCCGAUCCUUUUCUAGGGCUAUUGUGGAACGCAGACGAUCUUCCUACGAUGGGACAACCGACAAAGCAUCUCAAGGCCAUCAGCCGACAGAGCACGCCGAAAACUACAAAAUCCCAUCAAGCCCCGACCACCGAAACCUCGACCAUGAUCUGCGCGGCAUCGGUAGCCAAUUUGCGGUGGAAUCUGGCGGUCACAAGGGCCGAUAA